CUAGCGCAAGUUAGCACAGCCUACUCUUCAUAGUUGAGACGACAAUAUUCAGUAAUUGAUUGACGAACGCAGUCCCAAUCAUAUAUAUAAAACCCAAGAGAAAUCCAUAUUUCUCAACUCAACUCAGUCACUCACCGGCAUCUCACGAUUGAUUAUCAAUCAACAUUUGCUUAACCAAGUUUACUCCAUUUAGUCCCUAGCGAUUUCCCAACUAUAUCGUCGCUAGUUGAAGUUCUGGUUCGAAAAAUGUAGCAAUGAAGUCUGCAAGGGAGGAUGAACCAGCUAUUGAUUUAGUUUCAGCUGUUGAACAGUUUCAUAAACUAAGCUGUUCGGAUCUAAGCCAGCUAAUCAGGGAUUCUGGAAAUGGCCCCAUUCGAUAUGUUAAACGCAAUGGAUCAUUGUUUGAGAUAUAUAUAGAAAGUCUAGCAAGAAAUCUUCCUUCGUACCUUAUUUUAAAGCUUCUAUUAUUUAAAAGAGACGAACAGCAUCUCAAAUACUUAUUAUCCGGGGUACGAUUAUUGCAUGGUUUGCAUGAUAUUGCUUAUUGCCAUUCAAAACUCAGGCAGCUUCUGUUUGAUGAUUCGAGUUCAUCAGAAUGUGUUCUUGAUUUUAUAUUUUCCAUCGUUGUUUUUCUUAGCAACUUUAAGCAGAAACUUAAUCCUCCAAGCAAUAAUGAGGUUCUUUAUCACUCGACAUUAUUGGCUAGCACUUUGUAUCUCUUUAAAGCAUGUAUAUCUUCACAGUGGCAUGACAUUACCAGUGUUCUACUUGCACACCCAAAGGUUGAUGUAUUUACGGGUGUAGUUUUCCCCUCUGUCCGUGUGGUUAUUAAUUUUCUUCAAGUGAAGCUUUCAGCUCAACAUACUGACACUUACAAUGCUGAUGAAGUCUACAGUUUCUGCAUGCAUUGUGAGGCUUCUCUACAGUUUCUUCACUCACUUUGCCAGCUAAAACUGUUUCGUGAAUGCAUUGUUAAGAAUAAGGAUCUUCGCAAAGAAGGUGGUGUUCUUUGGUUGGUUCAAGACAUUAUGAAACUUCCACAAUGCAAAGACUCUCAUCUUAUGGUGGUGGUUUCUAGGCUAAAAUCAAAGAUUCUAUCUAUUAUGCUGCAACUUUGUGAAGUGGAAAGCAUUUCUUUCUUGGAUUUGGCUGCAAGCACCACUGAAGGCUUGGAUUUAGCUAAGUCUACUAUGUCUGAGGUCCUUGAAUUGCUAAAUAUCAUGUUUUGUGGAGGUGUCAAUGGUGUUUCUGCUUACAAUCCAAGGGGGAUUUUGCAACUAAAUGCAAUGCGACUAGUUGAAAUAGUCUCUGAUGAUUCUAAUUUCCGAUCUUACAUAGUGUCAAAUUUUACAGAGGUUUUGACAAGAGUGUUUUUGGUACCACAUGAAGAAUUCUUGUGUAGUUGGUGUUCCUCUGAUUCAAGGGCUGCUGAAGGGGAUAUUACUCUGAAUUAUGAUUCCUAUUCAGCAUCUGGACAGGUUUUGGGUGUGAGGUCUAUGCAUACAUCACAUGCUUCAAAACCUGUUUUCAUUACUAACUCCCCUGCUUCUCAGACCUCCUAUCCCUUUGCACAUCAAAAAACAUCUUUACUGGUCAAAAUUGUAGCUAAUCUCACCUGUUUUGUUCCAGAUCUCUGUAAAGAGGAGAAAAGUCUCUUCCUUAACAAGUUUUUUCAGUGCUUGCAAAAGGAACGUUCUAACUUACCAGAUGGAGUUGCACAUGGUGGUGGUGCUAAAACAGCAGCUGCAAACCUGAAUUCCUUAUUGGUUCAUGCUGGAUCUUUGACUAUUUCUAGAUACCUUAAUGAAGAUGAUGUUAAACGCCUUAGGUUGUUCGUUAUGCAAUUGGAGGAACUAAUACGUCGUCAAGAAUCCAAUAUCCACCAAGUCAAGGAGGUUCAUAAUAGACGUAUACCUCAAAGAUCAACUCGAGAUGGGUGCAAGCGAAACAAAGGGAGGGGUGUGGAUGAGAGUGAGAGUGAGAGAGAUGCUACGAACAUUGAAAUAAUCGGAUCAUAUUUAUCCAAUUUGCAGUUAAAGAAUAGAACGAACAAUGUUGAAGAGGAAAGUUUUAGAAGUUUGCAGCUAAAGAAAAGGAAGCGCAACAUAAUGAAUGAUGUGCAAAUAUCCAUGAUUGAGAAUGCUUUAUGUGAUGAGCCUAAUAUGCAGCGGAGAACCGCCUCUGUACAACUUUGGGCUGAUAAAUUGAGUCGUCAUGGUUCAGAAAUCACUUAUUCCCAGCUAAAAAAUUGGUUAAAUAAUCGGAAAGCGAAAGUAGCACGGGCAGCUGCUAAGAAUACCACCACCCCUGUAGAUGUAGAUGGUGGGUCGGUAACAGAUCAUGUCUCGGACUCACCGGAGAGUCAGAGUCCUGGUGCUGAUGAGCCAUCUUCAUAUGAAGGUGACCCGCAGCCGCAAACCCAGCAGAAAGAUGUGACGGGGGGAAGUUGUUUUAGGGUACAGAAUGGACAACAUGUUGUCCUGUUUGAUGGGAAAGGAGAAGAGAUUGGGAAGGGAAUCAUACAUCUUGCAAAAGGGAUAUGGUUUGACACAAAUUUGCAGAAAUCCGGGUUGUGUGUUGUGGAUGUUACAUAUCUCAAAGUCGAUGAAAACACUCGUCUCCCACACCCGUGUCAUGCUACUGGCAACUCAUAUGCUGACGCGCAAAUGACAUUUGGAAGAAAAAGGAUACUCUGGCACUCCACUAAACUUCUCGUCAUCCACCACUUGCACAAUUAAACUCUCUCUCUCUCUCUUUCUUUCUUUUAGAUUAGUUUGAGUUGGCAUCUUAAACAAAACCAAACAUGCAUAUUAUUCUGCAUACAUACCUUACCAAAUCGCAUUGCUUGCUUUUGUGAAGACUAAUUAUCAAACUAUGAAACUUAACAUGCAUAUCAUAUUCAUAUAUAUCUUUCUUCAAAGGUUUUAGUAAAAUCUUGGAAAUUAGAGUAUGUUUAUGUUCA